GCCAUGAUACAUAUUUAAACUUUAAUUUUAAUUAUUUGUGGGUGUUCACAUCUUCGUAACUCGCAAGAUUUAUUUUGACAGUGACGUAAGAUGAAGCUUUUCAAUGCUAAUACUUUAGAUGGCGGUGGUGCAUGAGACUUUACCCCGCCAUCCCAGGGCGCUGUUGAUUUUUUAAAGUUACUCCAGAGAAACUACCUUAGUCAUCUUUUGAACCUAUCUGGAACCACGUGCGCUCUAACACUGUUACAAUGUAUUGUAUUGUUUGUGGUCAUGGUUGUGAUCUGGAAAAUCGCAUUUAUAUUCACAGUUUUCCCAAAAGCCCUCUCAGAAGAGCUGAAUGGUCAAGGAUACUGUUUGACACAGAAAAGCCUUAUUCAAAAUUGACAAGGAUAUGCAGUCGGCAUUUUUCACAUAAAGCUUUCGUAGGACACCGCCUCAGCAGAAAUGCAUACCCAUUACCCUGGGAUACUGCUUCUUCAGAUGCAGUGAAUGGUUGUAAGAACAAAUUGAAAGUACCUGCUGAUGUAGUCAAUGCCAUAGAAGUAGUCAAUCCAUCCAACAUCAAGAAAGAGUCUGGCAGAUCCAAGCAGCAACAAGCAGAACCAAUUUUACCCACGUCGGAUAUCAACAAUCUCAACGUUCUUGUUCUUGACUUUAAUGAUCCAAGCGCUCAACUUACCAGUGAAUUAUCUAAGGAAUUGGAUUGCAAGCUCACGAAAGUUACCUUAUUCAUUCGCCGGGAGAAUAUUACAAACCAAAGUCAAAUUUUAUCACUGUUAGCCGCGCAGAACAUAGCUUUCGCCGUAGACUCAUGGCACUUACUGCACAAGACGCAGCUCGGCAACGGCAUAUUUCUGGUGUUUGGCGUGCCUCCCGAAGAGCUGGAGCUUCUCAAGAAAAACGAUCUGAAAUUGCAUUAUAAAUUUCAGAAUCUAACUAUUAAAGUGACUGCCGAUGAGCUAUAUGUGAUGAAAAUCAUACACACAACAUAAAUAAUAAGAAACAUGACCGCCAUUUUAAUUAUUUUGGGAAUAUGGAGACAGGUAAAGUUAUUUUAUAAAUACAUCCUUGCAAGUUAUAAAAUAU